AGACAGAGAGUAAGACCAGCCAGAAGAAGAAGACGAAAGAAGACUCAACUUCAGAGACUUUGACAGACUUUCAGAAAUCAGUGGCUGAAAGCUCUCAGCAUGACAAUAAGUAUCUUGGCGUUUAUGGUUCUUGGGACCUGCACUUUAAGUGCAUGGUGUCACCCAAUUAAAACCAUCUUUGUGAACUUCCCCGGGGAUGUAAUCAAAAACACGACAGACUUAGAGCUGGCUGAAAGUUACCUGAAGCGCUUUGGUUAUAUGGAGAUUCUGGAUAAGAGUGGACGACAGGGAACAGUGUCUACUUCCAAAGCUCUGCGGAGGCUGCAGAAUCAGCUGGGUCUGAAAGAGACUGGCAAGCUGGAUCAACCGACAAUCGAUGCCAUAAAGACACCACGCUGCGGUGUGCCAGAUGUCCGCAACUACCAGACAUUUGAUGGAGACCUGAAGUGGGAUCACAAUGACGUUACAUAUAGGAUUCUGAACUACUCACCAGACUUAGAUGCCUCUGUUAUUGAUGAUGCCUUUGCCAGAGCCUUCAAGGUGUGGAGUGAUGUCACACCCCUAACUUUCACACGUCUCUACAAUGGCAUUGCUGACAUCAUGAUCUCGUUUGGAAAAAGGGAUCAUGGAGAUCCCUAUCCAUUUGAUGGGAAAGACGGCCUGCUAGCACAUGCUUAUCCUCCAGGUGAAGGGGUGCAGGGAGAUGCUCACUUUGAUGAUGAUGAAUACUGGACCCUUGGCAAUGGACCAGCAAUCAAGACCUACUUUGGCAAUGCAGAGGGUGCUUUGUGUCAUUUCCCUUUCCGGUUUGAGGGGAAGUCAUAUUCCACUUGCAUCACUGAAGGUCGUGAAGAUGGCCUGCCAUGGUGUGCCACGACUGCUGACUAUGGCAAAGAUGGGAAAUAUGGUUUCUGCCCUAGCGAGCUUCUGUACACAUUUGAUGGGAAUGGAGAUGGUCAAGCAUGUGUCUUUCCAUUUGUGUUUGAGCGGAAAACAUACACCAGUUGCACCACUGAAGGACGUGAUGAUGGGUAUCGCUGGUGCGCUACUACAGCCAAUUUUGACCAGGACAAAAAAUAUGGGUUCUGUCCUAACCGAGAUACUGCUGUGAUUGGUGGAAACUCUGAGGGGGAGCCAUGUCAGUUUCCUUUCAGCUUCCUGGGGAAAACCUAUACUUCCUGCACGAGUGAAGGCCGUAGUGAUGGAAAACUGUGGUGCGCCACAACUAGCAACUAUGACAAGGACAGUAAAUGGGGAUUUUGUCCAGAUAAAGGAUACAGUCUGUUCCUGGUGGCAGCCCACGAAUUUGGACAUGCUCUUGGUCUGGACCAUUCUAACAUUCAGGAUGCUCUGAUGUACCCCAUGUACAAAUAUAUAGCGGACUUCUCUCUGCAUCAGGACGACAUUGAGGGCAUCCAGUAUCUCUAUGGACCCAAAACAGGCCCAGACCCUACUCCACCCAAGCCAUCAACCACUACAACUUCCCCAGUUUCUACUCUCAAACCCACUAAAAAAACACCAAAGACUACUCCAUCUACAACUUCCACCACAACUCCAUCUGUGUAUACGCCUGUGGAUCCCUCAGUAGAUCCUUGCAAGGUGGAUAAAUUUGACGUAAUCACAGAGAUCCAAGGAGAGCUUCAUUUCUUCAAAGAUGGGUACUACUGGAAGUCCUCAAAUCGUGGUAACGAGGAACGGAAAGGCCCUUUCAUAGUCUCUGAGAGAUGGCCUGCCCUGCCAGCUGAGCUCGACACUGCUUUUGAGGACCCUCUUACUAAUAAGAUGUACUUCUUUGCAGGCAAUCAGUUCUGGGUGUUCACUGGACAGGAUGUAUUGGGACCGCGCAGAAUCGAGAAACUUGGCUUGCCCGUCAGCUUGAAGAAGGUUGAAGGAACAUUGCAGAGGGGAAAAGGCAAGGUGCUGCUCUUUAGUGGGGAAGAUUACUGGAGGCUGGAUCUGAAGACUCAGCAGAUCGAUAAAGGAUAUCCUCGCCACAUUGACGUGACCUUUGGUGGGGUUCCAGUGGAUGCUCACGAUGUGUUCCUCUAUAAGGGAAACUAUUACUUCUGUCGAGACAUCUACUACUGGAGAAUGACCAGCAGGCGGCAGGUUGAUAGAGUUGGAUAUGUCUAUGAACUCCUGAAUUGUCCCAACUACUGAAUCUGACUUUAUCAGAUUGAAGUGUUAUAAGGAAAGCGCAUCUAACUGAAAUGCAAAUCCCAGAUAUGUGUUUUAAAAAAGAAAGUAUAGUAUAAUUGAAAGAGUAGAAACUCUGUAAUAAUGUUUUUGUGUUAUAUUAAGAAAUAUUUGCCUGGAGCAAAUAAUAAAAUUAAUUAAGGUUAAGUUAGUUAAGGUUACAUUGGUUAAAGUAUGUUAAAAUAUAUUUUGUCUUCUCUGUUCUACUUCUUUUUCAUAUAGCCUAAAUUUGCACAAGUGAAUGUUUUUCACAAUUGUCUAAUUUAUUUAUAAAAUCAGUAGCAUUUUGUCAUAUGAAUAAUUAAAUAAAUUUUUAUUUUAAGUCUC